UUUAAGAUUCACGAUAAUCAUUGUCACUAAUUAAUUGUCAGGUCUUUGAAAUCUUACCCCUGAGCCUGGUUCUUCGUUUUGGACGUUACAUGGGUGAUUAAUACAAAGGGGACAAGAGAAAAUAUUACAUAUCAUGAUGAUAAAAGAUGCGAAACUCUAGUUAAUUCACAGCGCCGGACUGUCAUCAGUCUGUGUAGACCCACUCGUUGAUGAACACGUACGCUUUGACGGCAAGUCCUGAUUUUCGGGGGGAAGAAGUCAACUUUUUGGUCGCCGCCGCCGUGGUGAACAUUAGUUCGGAGUGGAACAUUGAGGAGAAAACAGUUACACCUCUCUUUGUGAUUACCAUCAAGAAGGAAGUUACAUUGAAUGUUCUGAGGGUUUUUGACAGGAUUAAUGUUCAGCCAGCCUACAGCAAAAAAGGGACAGUAACUUUUCUGUAUCUAGAUGGAACUCAUCAGAUUGUGAGGAUCGCAGCAUAUGUUAGGCUGAAACAGGAGUAUAUAGAAGGAGUGAACCAUCGAGACUUCACAGGUCAGAUCACAUUUGAGCAAGAUCCUGGAUGGACAACAUAUUCAACCCAGAGAUGAAGCGGUGAUGACAGGGCUUUGAUUUGAGGAAAAACCACAAGGUUCAAGAUGGGUCCACGGAUACGCAAGAAGAUACUCAUCCUGGGGAGCUCCAUCCUCUUCACUAUAUUCACCGUCCAGCUAACAGGUUUGAACAGCCUGAGGGAUGAUGACAACAAUGCCUUGCCCAGUACUAACGGAAAGUUCAGAACUUUUGUACCCAGCAAGGGAGACCGUAAAAGAAACUUGCUCCAUGCAGGGAAACAAGGGAAGGAAGAACUUGGAUUCGAUAGCAAAGACACUCGAAGAACCUUGCAAGAUAUAAGAACAGCGGAUGAAAUCAAAGGACACCCGAGGAUACAGGCAGGGGAUGAGACUGCCCUGACUCAGGAUGGAGUGCAAGGGAUGAAGAAUGCUACAGUUGUCAUGACAACAAGACUCCAAUUUGAGAAUCUGUUUCCAUCGCUGCUGGAAGAGGAGAGGUGUCCGUUGUGCUACGGGACCACAAAUUGUGACCAGAUCUACGCUGGGAACAUCUCCUUCCAUGUUGGAAGCGUGAACCUGAGCGAGCCUCAUGCCAUCAGAGGCACCUGGGGAGAUAGGAGGAUUGUGGGCAAGAGGCUCGUCUCCAGAGAGGUGUUUGAAAGAUUGGAGAAGAUCAUAUGUAACCAGUCUCAGGUGGAUCCUAAGAGGUCGUGUGAGGUCAAUGCUGCAGCUACCAACAGCUGGAUGUCCAAGAGUUCUGCUCUCAACAGGGUACACAAACUUCAUCAAGAAGUUUAUGAAAGUCAGCUUAUUGCAAUCAGUGCAACUACUUGUGCAAGUCCAGAUUUCUUUGAGGAGUUGAAGCAGCUGUAUCGAGUGAGUAGAUGGGGGACAGGGAUCGCAUCAACAGAGAUGGCCAUCCUUGCUACAACCAUGGCUCUCAAUCCAGAACCAGCUUUACUUAAGUUUUUCCGGAACAUCCCAUCCCUCCGACCUUACUUCACUGAGUACCUAGGAGAAUGUGGCCGUGUCAUCUUGACUGAACCCAGCGGCAAACCUCUCAGCAGCUACCUCAAAGCAUCAUGGAAGGACAGGGUUGACAUCUCUCUCAAGAUCCUCCAAAUGAUCGAAGACUUUCAUGACUCCAGUGACAAGUGGCUUGUCUUGCUCCUAGACUUUGGUUAUGAAAACUUUGUCAUGACCUCCGAAGGGCAGCUGAAGGUCGUGAACCUUGGUGGUAUGGUGAUUGUCGAUAAGGAUCAGACCUCCACAACACCUGACAUGAACCCGCAUCUGAACAACCGCACAGAGCUUUGUAACGAAGAUUGCCUGAACACAUUUGUGAAGCAGCUGCAGACGGAACCGGAUACUCACUGUAGAGAAGUCCCAAGACAUGUUGAACUCAUGUAUAUGAUGGCUUGCCAUUCUCUACUCUCUGACCUCAUGACAACUAAAUAUGAACGGUUCUUCCAGCCUCUGGAUACUCCCAGGAAGCAUCAUCCAGGUGGUAUGCUUCAUGAUGCUCCCUAUGAGGUAGAUUCCGUGCUCUCUGAACUGCUCUAUGAGUGUGUCUUUGAAGGCCAGCCUGGAAGAAGGAUGCACUCUGUCAGGGUUCUCAAACGCCUUCUAACUAUUAUCCAGAGAGGCUUCUCCUACAAGGACGCUGCUGACAGAACAUCGCUAUGACAACAUCUAA